CAGUAGGCAACAGUUAAAUUCUAAGUUUUUUUUUUUUGGUAAUAAAUUGCAGUAAUUACCAUGUAUAGAACGAACGGAGACUCAAAUAAUAAUAUGUCCCACUCAAUACGCCGAGCAUACGGGCCGCAGCCACCACAGUUAUACUUGGAAAGCACUUCCUCAGUGGAAGAGCAAUGUAUGAGAGACGAUCGCUAUUUCAAUUUAUUGUACAAGACGUACGACAACAGUGAUCAUGGUAUCACCCAACGAAUCAACAAUUUUGGCAGCACAGGCCAUUUCAAUGCUAAUCGGAGUACCUUGAACUUGCAAAGAAAUGAAACCGAUAAGGCAUGGAGAUCAAGUCUUUUAGACUAUACACAAAUGGAUGCUGAGCUAUCUCGCAGUAAGCAGAGUAUUCAACAUAUGGAUCCUAAGAGAUCCGAAGUGUUAAUUCUUUCAACUCUAGUACAACGCGACUGUGAGGCCAUAGAGAAUAAUCUGGCGAGGGUUGAAAUAGCUGCUCAAAAUGACAAUCGCCCCAAAGUCCCAGAUGACACUAGCCAAGAUCUAAAUCUGGUUGGCUCUGCAUUCACAACAACUGGCCAUUCGCCAUCUCAUGCUCCGGGCGCAGGGCCUGACUGGAAUUUGAAUUCUCGCUCAACAACACUGUCUACCAAUCUUAGGCAACGAUGUCAUCAUAGUCCUGCUAUAACCGAAAUCCCUUCUACCUACCAACUGCCAACAGUUGCUGAACUCGUUAGAGAUAGCAACACUGAAGUGGUUCCUUCAUUGCCAACUGAGCCUCAAAAUUUUCAGCAGGAAGUGAGAAAACAGUUGGAAUCCAUUUCGGUUCCCGUUUCUGGAUCUAAUACAGAGCCCUAUAGAUGCCCCGUGUGCUGGAACUGUGUGCGACAACGGAAGCCAGCAUCAACCUUAUGUGGUCAUGUAUUUUGCAGCAGUUGCAUUAAGACCGCACUGCGCACCACAUGCAAGUGCCCCGUGUGCCAAAGAUUGAUGACAACGCGUCAGAUUCUUCGAAUUUAUAUUUGAGCAACGAUAAUUAUGGGUUACAACUAAUUAUUUUCUUUUGUAUCAACAAUUCCAAUAAAUUUCAAGUGUGCGCGCACGAAAGUA